UGGAGGAAUUUUGAGGCGGCAAGAGUUGCAGGUCUUUGGACGUUUCUCCUCCAAUCCCUGCCGAGUGAGGCAGCCAUGGGGUUGCCGCCGGUCUUGCUUUUGCUGGGCUGCAGCGCGGCGCUGGUCUCUCCUUCGCUCUCUCUUCCCUCCGUGCGAAGUGGAUUCCUUCUCAAGAAUGAUAGUUUGGGACCAAAAACAUUUGUCUAUUCUUCAAGCGAUGAAACCGUAGAAAAAAUUUCAUGGGAUUACAGUGAUUCAGACACUGAAAAUGAGUUGGAUGUUGGAUCAGGAUCCAUAAAUCACAGUAGGAUAACUGAAGCACCACGGAAGCAGUUGCCUAAACAUAUUUCCAGAGCUGCUGAGGAAUACCUGAUUAGUCCAUGGCUAACCCUCUUCAUUCCUUCAGUCUAUAUGCUCGUGGUCGCACUGAGUCUUCCUCUGAACAUCAUGGCGAUUUUUAUGUUCCUGAUAAAAAUGAAGAUUAGAAAGCCAGCUAUUGUGUACAUGCUCAACCUGGCUUCUGCUGAUGUACUGUUUGCAAGCGUGCUGCCUUUUAAAAUUUCCUACCAUUUUUCUGGAAACAACUGGGCAUUUGGACCAGAAAUGUGUCGUUUUGUCACCGCUGCCUUCUACUGCAACAUGUACUGCUCCAUACUGCUGAUGACGGCGAUAAGCAUUGACCGGUUCCUGGCAGUGGUGUAUCCAAUGCAGGCUCUGUCAUGGCGCACUCUGGGGCGUGCCUCUAUGGUGUGUUUUACCAUCUGGGUUGUAGCUAUAGCUGGAGUUAUACCUCUGCUUAUCACAGAACAAACGAAGAGAAUACAUCACUUGAACAUUACAACCUGUCAUGAUGUGUUGGAUGAACUUGAUCUUAAAGGGUAUUAUUUAAAUUUUUUUACAGUUUUUUCUUCCCUUUUCUUUUUGGUGCCAUUCAUUAUUUCUUCUGUCUGCUAUGUGUGUAUCAUCCAGUGUUUGAGCUCUUCUGAUAUAGUUGCAAAGCAGAGCAAAAAGACCCGAGCUUUACUCUUGUCUGUAGCUGUUUUCUCUAUUUUUAUUAUAUGUUUUGGUCCCACAAAUGUUCUGUUAUUAAUUCAUUACAUACAUUUUGCUUACAACAAAUUAUUGGAAAACAUCUAUUUUGCUUAUCUCCUCUGCGUCUGUAUUAGCAGCAUAAGUUGCUGUAUAGAUCCUAUGAUCUAUUACUAUGCUUCGUCUGAAUGUCAGCAACAACUUAGCAGUUUGUUGUGUGGUAAACAGAGUUCUGAACCUUGCAGUAGUAGCAUCAGUGGCCAGUCAAUGAUCAGGACCAAUCGAAGAGAUACAUGCACCAGUACGCUUAGUAAUAGUAUCUACAGGAAGCUAUUGACGUGAACCUCUAUAGACAAAUGUACAUUUUUUGCACUUUUGGUUUGUACAACAUUUUAAACAUUGUACUGAAGAGUAUCCAGUUAUGUAAACAUUUUAAUAUGAUCAGUAUGUACUUGCUAGCAUAAUGUAUGCCAUUAUGACCUGUGUUGUAUUUGAACUGCAAGGACAUUUGUAUGGGGAUAGUAGAGUGGUACAGCACAUCUUAGUGGAUUCUGUUCCCUGACUUACAUAUAGACUCUCUGUGGAAUCCAUUUACACUGAAAAUCAGGCUAUCCCAACGUCAGAGGGUAUGGAAAAAUAGGUUUUGUUUUCAUUGCAGCACUUGACACAUACACCCCGAUGCAAAACUUUACUUUUCUGU